UCGUCCCAAUGUGUACAUGCCGUUGUCUAAACGAAACAAUAAUUUCUUAAAGAAACAUCGAGUAUUUAUUUUAAAUCUCAUAUAACUAAAUAAUAUCUGUGAUAAAAAUAUAUAAGUAGUGAUUAAUUAUCAUCGGACUCUCUUCAUCUCUACUCAAUUUUUUCAAACUUUAAAAAUUGUCAAGGAGGAAAAUUUUUGUGGAGUUUUUCAGUGAACUUGAUGUAUGUUUGGCCUCAAAAAAUACAUGCAGUGUCUUUUUCGCUAUAUUUCAAUUUUAUAAGUUUAAGUACCGAUGGAUAUUCUUCGAGUGUUUGGGGUAUUCAAGGUGAAAGUUAAGACCGAGUUAACAUUAUAAAGCAGAGAUUAAAUAAUGGAUUAUAAUGAAUAAUGUGUUGUGUGUUACAGAUGAUCCUUCCAAGUCUGUGAUCCGUUUGACAGAGUAACCAGCGAUUGCAACAAAGACACUAGUGUUGUACUGAUUAAAAAUUUUUUUUAACUAUUAAUAUUAAUAAUAAUAAUAAAAUUCAUAAUGACGCAACAAAGUGGUGCUGGUUCACCUCAGCAGUUUUGCCUGCGAUGGAAUAAUUAUCAAACAAAUUUAACAAAUGUCUUUGAUCAAUUGCUGCAAAGUGAGAGCUUCGUUGACGUGACACUAGCAUGUGAUGGACAUUCCGUAAAAGCUCACAAAAUGGUAUUAUCUGCUUGCAGUCCGUAUUUCCAAGCAUUAUUUUUUGAAAAUCCAUGUCACCAUCCAAUUGUUAUUAUGAAAGACAUAAAGUGGCCGGAAUUAAAAGCAGCUGUUGAGUUUAUGUACAAAGGAGAGAUAAAUGUAUCGCAAGAACAAAUAGGACCUUUGCUUAAAGUUGCCGAGUGUUUGAAAAUACGUGGAUUAGCGGAUGUCAAUAAUGAACAUGAAUUGGUGUCCAAGCCGAUGCACAGUAGUCAUCAACAGCAACAACAGCAGCAACAGCAACAGCAACAACAGCAACAGCAAGCGCUGCAACAGCAACUGCAAUCGGAGCCGGCAUUGUCACCGGCCAGUUCAAUUCACAAUCAUAAUCACAACAACCGUAAAAAACGACGCAGAGUAUCGAGUGAACGAUCACCAGCGAGUGUUAAUGACAGUCCCGAUCAUCAUAGUUUGUGUAUGACUGAAGACAAUGACCACUCGUCAGUAAUGUCGGAAGUGCAAAAUCUGGUGGCGUCAUCGACACCUCGGUCAUUGAGUUCGCCUAGUAUGCCAAGUAUUUCAGUGACACCGCAGAUAAAUUUACAAGAUCUUCCAGUGUCACUGGCAUUGCCACCACCAGUAUCGGUCAGCCAAAGCCCUCACCCUGCAAUAUCCCACCACGUGCCAGUCCACGUGACACCCACUGGCCACCCGUCCGUCAACCACCUCGGUGCUCACCACGUGGCUCAGCUGUCGGUACACCAGCAACAGGCACAACAGGCCCAUCAGCAAGCACAUCAGCAUCAACAGACACUUAGUAGUCAGUCUAAUCUUAUUGAUGACCUCGAGAUCAAACCUGGCAUUGCUGAGAUGAUUCGCGAGGAGGAAAGGGCCAAGUUGUUGGAAUCAUCCCACGCUUGGCUCGGUGCCUCCACCUCCAAUAUAUCAGCAGAUAGCUAUCAGUAUCAACUGCAGUCACUGUGGCAAAAAUGUUGGAACACAAAUUCUGGGUUGGUGCAUAACUUGCGCUUUCGUGAACGUGGACCACUAAAAUCAUGGAGACCGGAAACUAUGGCUGAGGCGAUUUUCAGUGUUUUGAAAGAAGGAUUAUCGUUAAGUCAAGCUGCUAGAAAAUACGAUAUUCCAUAUCCAACAUUCGUUCUUUAUGCAAAUCGAGUGCAUAAUAUGCUUGGACCAAGUUCUGAUGGUAGUGCUGAUCUCCGACCGAAAGGAAGGGGACGACCUCAGAGGAUUCUUUUGGGUGUUUGGCCGGACGAGCAUAUCCGGGGUGUGAUUAGAGCGGUGGUAUUUCGCGACGGAAAUAUCGUGAAAGAGGAACCGACCCCGUUAUAUCCAAGUCUAGCGAAUUAUGCGUGCAAUGGACCAGAGGGCGCGGUAAGCCCUAGUGCUGCUGCGGCCGCUGCGGUUGCCGCGGUCGCCCAAGGUCUCCGACACCAAAUGUGCAGUAUGGUAGCGGCUGCCCAAUCCCACCCCCACGAUAUGGUAGCAACAAAUCUCUCGGCAAACUUCCAAGCGGCUGUCCAAGUCAGUCAGCAUCAUAUGAAUAAUAACAGUGGAUCAAGUAACAACAAUAACAGAAACUCCCCAUUGAUGCUCGGACUGCCAAGUCCUGGGUCCGGUGGACCACCAGAAAGUCCAAUGGAAGGCAGCCCAUUGGCGAGUCCCCUCGCGCCAUUAAUGGACCCCGCUCACAUACCGAGUAGUGUUGAAGUCGGAAUCGGUAUCGGUGGACUAGGUGGUCUAAGUGGACUAGGUGCAAUAAGUGGAAUGCAUUAUAAGCCACAACGUAGUUACAUAAGCCCACGACCUGAUAAUAUCUUCCAAGAAGACAUCGCCGAUUUGGUUAAAAGUCAGCAUGGACACAAAGACAAAGACAAAGUACCGGUUAAACUAGAACCGCUAACUGACUCUCGUAGUGAACAGUAAUCUUAAUUAAAUGAUUAUUAUUAUUAUUAUUAUUGUUAAUUAAUUAAUUAAUUAAUCGCAAUAAAACUUUUAUGGUUUUUUGCUAAAAAUAAUUCCAUCAAUCUCGACGACUCAAUGAUUAACAUAAGAGUGAGACUGCUUUGGUUUUAAAAUUAACGUAAUUUUUUAAAAUUUAAAAAAAAAUGUUAAUGCUGUGAGUGAAGUUACACAAGAAGACAAAUGGUGAUAAACUCAUAAUUUAAAACGGGCCUUGAUUAAUAAAAAUUUAAAAAAUAUAAAUAAGGAAAGUGUAUAAUCAAAAAAGCGAGCGAGCCUUGCAAAGAGUUAUUGUCUCGUCCGAGUGUUGAAAACUUUUUACUUAUCGAAAAAAAAAAUAAAUUUUUUUUCUGAUUAAGAGAUGGUGUAAAAUAUAAACAAUUAUUAUUAUAAUUAUAUAUAGAUAUUAAUUAAAAAAAAAAACAUAAUUUAUUUAUUAUUAUUAUUUUAGUCAAUAUAUUGUGGACUUCAAUGUGCGCCAAAAUUAUCGUGAUCGUGGAUUUAGAAAAUGAAUGAAAAUUUGAAAAAUUUAUAAUAAAUUAGUUUGUCGUGAUAGCAAAAUUGCGAGUAAAAAAAAAGUAAAUAAAUAAUAGCUAACACGUAAUUGAUGUAUGCAUAUUAUAUAUGUUAAUGCCAAAUGUAUAAUAGUUUAAUAAGAAUCGAUUGCAUGUUAUAGCGGGAAUUUUGAAAAAAAUUAAAUAAAAUAAAUAACAAGAUUAGUAAUAAAUAAUAAUGAUAAUAUUUAUAAUAAUAAAAUUAUCACAGCCUUUUGCAAGAUAAGAAUGAAAGAGAGAGAGUGAGAGAGAGAGGGAAAUGAAAGGAUUUAAAUAUAAUAUAAUGUGAAGCAAAAUAUGAGAUAAUUGACGUACAAGUUUAUCCUUGGAGUGACGUGUGUCGAAAUUACUCAUAUAUUAAAUUUAAUUAAUGGACGGAGUUGGUAAACUUUUGCAUACAAUGAUGGUGAAUUAAACGCAAUGACAUUGCCUGCGAUUUUCUAGUCAUAAAAUGUUUAUUAAUUAUAUAUACAUUGGAAUUCGACACGCGCAACUCGAGAUAAAAAUAUAAAUUUUAAACAAUUAGUUUUUUUUUUUAAUUGAAAUAAAAUUUUAUUUAUCGACCCUUUGUCCGUCGCGCUAUGAGCGCAGCGCCGCAAUUUUUAUUAAAAGAUCAUUUAGAAGAAAAUAAAUUUCCUAGUCUUUCGAAAUGUAAUGAGUUAUUUUACGAUACUUUUUAGUAGCGAAAGGAUAAAUGAUAUUGAUUUUUCUGAUUUUUUAAAUAUAUAUAAAAUAAUUUUUUUUGUUAGAAAACCUGAGAAAAUUAACGAUUUGCCGCUAACGUGAGUAAACUCGCCCUAGCGAAUCCGAAUUACGGUAAAUUAUCGUAUUUUAUCGUAAAAUACUGUAUUUUACUGAAAACUUGCCGUAUUUUACGGUAGAAUGCAGCAAAAUACGGUAAAUUACGGUGUAAUACCGCACAUUAAUGUACUUUACUGAAAUUUAUGGCAUUUUUACCGUAACACAGUGGAACACUUUCCGGUAAAAUGCCGUAAUUAUGCGAUGAAUCUGCAGGUUUACGAUGAAAUACCACAAUAGUACCCCAAAUUUACGGUAAACUACCGCACUUUUGCCGACAGAUACUGCACUUCUACCGUAAAAUAUCGCAGAAUUGCAGUAAAUUUGCGGUAAAUCGGCCGUAGUUUUACCGUAAAAAUGCUGUAACUCACUGCAAAAUAUCGUUCUUUACUGCAAAUUUGCCGCAUUUUACGGUAGAAUACGGAAAAAUACGGAAAUUUACGGUAGCUUACCGCAUAUUACUGUAAUUUACCGAAAUUUAUGAUAUUUUUACUGUGGUGAACGACUUCACUUUACGGUAAAAUUCCGUAAUUUUGCAGGAAAUCUGCACGUUUACGGUAAAAUGCCGUAAUGUUACCGUCAAUUUGCAGUGAUUUCACCGUAAGUUUGCCGGGAAAAUUGCCGUAACUGUCGGUAAUUCUUUCGAAUACAGUAAAUUACUGUAAUUCGAAUCCGCCAGGACGAGCGUUAAAUUUGUUUGGAUUUUCAAUGCAGUGUUGCCAGUUAUCACCAGCGACCCAUUUCCAGUUCAUUUAAUUCAUCUCUUUCUUUAAUAAUUUUUUUUUAGUAAAAAAAUUCUAAAAAAAAAUGAUAAUUGUCAUGACUAGACUAGUCGUAUAAGUUCAUGUGGUUUUGAUUUUUAAAAAUCAUAGUUAUGAUACUUGGCAACACUGCAAUAUUAAAAACGCAACGGCAAGGCGGACAGAGGGUUAAACUGAAUUAAAGUUUCUUAUGUAUGUAUAAAUUUAUUCGUUGACUUUUGUAAAAUAUAAUAUUAUUUUAAAAAUGCCAGUAUCUCACUUGCUACUUGUAUUAAAAGAUAAAAAAUGUACAAAAUUUGUCACUGUCUUGUAAAAAGAAGUUUUAAAAAAAAUGGUGAAUAAUAAAAUUUAAAAAAAUAAUAAAUUUAUUAUUAAAAAUGUGGUGCGAAAAAUUGAUGUAGAUGAAAAUAAAAUUAUUUAAGUGUAAUAAAUUGCCUUCCUGCCAUAUUUGGGGUAUGCCAAGUAUAAAAAUUAUAAGGUUUAGGAAAUAAAUAAAUGAAAAAAACUUAAAUAAAAUAAUCACUAAAUUAAAAAUUUUUAAUAAAAUUUAGACUGGAUCUUUGAUGAAUUUUAAGGUAAAACUUUAAGAUUGUAGGUGUGAAUCUAAAUGGAAAAUUGUGAUGUGAAUGUUUUUAAUUUCUUGCAAUAAUUUUUUUUUUAUUUUCUUGGAUUAUAAAAAUUAUUUUUAAAAUGAUCAAGGUCGUGGUAUUUUUCAAAAUUUAUAAGGACCUUUUUUUAGGAUUCUCGAUCACUCGGAUCUGAUAAACUCUUUUAAAUUUCGUGCUAUCGAACGGUCUGAUAAUUAUUAAAAAAUAAAAAAUAAAUUUCUAGUGGGUGUAAGUAAACACUAUUCGAAGUGGCCUUUCAAAAAAAAAAUAAAUUAUAAAUCUAAAAAACAAAUCUCAGAGAAAAUGUUGUUUUUGGCUUUUCCCAUUUGUGUCUAGGAAUUGAAAAGAAAGUUCUCGCGCGCUUCGGUCAUUUAAAUAUUUUCUUAAAUCAUAACUUAUUUUAUAUUACUCCAGUAUUUGUGUAAAAAUAUUAAUUUUUUUAUACUGGACUAAUGUUUAAUAAUAAAAAAAAGUUUUUGGAAUAAAAAAAAAUAAUUCGUUCCAAUUAGCACAGUUGGUAAUUAAUAUUUAAAAAUAAAUAUUCUUGAUACAAACGUUUUUGUGCGAAAAAAAAAAUUCAAAAAAUAAAAAAAAAUUUUAAUAAUAAUAAUAAUAAUUGUAACAUUACCAAAAGUGCGAAGGAGACGUUCUUUAUUACAUAGAAAUUAAAAAAAAAAUAAUAAUUCACUGGCUACCGAUCUCCUUCAUAUAAAAAUAUACAAAAUUGUAUACGUACUAUUUCUUACUUCCGGUUUGUAAAAAAAAAAAACGGAAAGGAAAUUCAUUGUAAAAAUUUAUACAAUUUAAGCUUAAAUGUGUUCAUAUAUAAGCAAACUUAAAAUAAAUAUGAAAUAAAAUUUCAUGGGUCGAGAGAUAAAUAAAUAAAAUAAUUAAAAUUUUUAGAGAGAGAAUAAAUGAAAUAAUUAAAAUUGCGAGACCGAGCGAGCGAGUGUACGAGAGACGUGAGUUUGAAUGUACGAUUGAUGAAAAAAAAAAAAAUAAUAAUCAAGUAAAUAAUUUAUUAAAAAAGAAAAAAAAAAGUAGUAAGUGCCUUCCAAAAAAAAUUAAGAGUCCCGUAGAUCGUGACCAGUAAGCGAAUUUGAAAAUUUCGUGUUAAUAAAAUCUUGAGGUAAAUCUUGUAUUAUUAAAAUUCAUUAAAAAAACCUGAAAUUUUAAAUGAAAAGAAAAAAAAUCCAAAUCACAAUAUGCCGUUUAAAGGGGGAAAGGGGUCUGAGAUACAAAAAAAGAACAUAUUUUUGAAAUUUUUUUUUUUUUUGAGUUCUAUCUUCAUUGAAAUUCUUAAAAUUUGUGACAUUAUUAAGCGGAUACGCUACCGGACCUCUUUCUCACACUCAGAAAAAUAAACGGGACUUUCUUUGUUGCACUCAUAGAGUAAAUGAGAAUUGUCUAGCCUAGGCAUGCUCAUGUAUGAUCAUAUAUGAGCUCAUGUAUAAUUAUACAUGAACAGAUAUGAUCAUGUCUGACCAUUUUUCCGCUAUUCGAGUGCAGAUAUGACCAUACGUAACCUCAUAUACAAUCAUGCAUGAUCAUACAUGACCAUGCAUGAUCAUACAUAACGUCAUGCAUGAUCGUAUAUGCGAUCAUGUAGGAUCAUACAUGAACAGACAUGAUCAAAUCUAAGUAUUUUUUCCCGGGCUUCUAUUAAGGUUUCAAAAAAUGCUAAAGAUUCUCUAUUUUAGGUUUUCAGUAUUUGCCCGUAAAUUAAAUUUAGUUAAAAAUCGGUUACCGUUACCCCUUAAGCAUCAUUCCAAGAAUAUUCUGCUAAAUUUUCAUAAAAAAAUAUUGAAAAAUAAGCCAGUGGUAGCGGGGAGAGACGAGUCACCUCAAAAAAAGUCUCAAUGCCGUAGGCUAGAUAACUCAUGACUGCCUCAUCUGAAAUAAAAAAACCAAACAGAUUUCUUUAGUACACAAGUUUAUUUUGGAUUUGAACGAAGGAAUAAACAAAAUAUUCAUUUUUGAAUUUUUGGGAAAGGUGCAAUGAAAAAACUCUGAUUUUUGCCAAAAAUUGUUCCUCUUGUUUAAUUAAGAAAUAAGUAGUUAUUUUUUAUUCAGAUGAAGCAGUCGUGAGCUAUCCUGCCUACGGCAUGGAGACUUUUGUUUUUGAGGUGACUCGUCUCUCCCCGCUACCACCGGCUUAUUUUUGAAUAUUUUUUUAUGAAAAUUCGGCAGAAUAUUCUUGGAAUGAUUCUUAAUAAGAUCACAAAUUUUAAGAAUUUUAAUGAAGAUGGUACUCUAAAAAAAAAAUUUCAAAAAUAUACUUUUUUUUUGUAUCUCAAACCCCUUCCCCUCCUUAAAUAAAAAAAAAAUGUGUGGGUGGGUUAAGAAUGAAUGCAGAGUAAUAAAAAAAAAUAAACGCAGUUGUAUACGUCGUUAAAUUUUUCAAAAUUAUUUUCGACGUUUCUUGAUGGUUUACUUUAAAAAUUAAAAAAUAAAAGACACAAUAAUAAAUAAAAUUCUUUUUGGAUAAAUCCAUAACCGGUAAUACCCUGAAUGGCAUGUCUGUAGGAAGUUCAAUUUUAAUUUAACAAAAAAAUUUUAAGGGGGAUGAUAAAUGAAUUAA